AUGGAUAGUUUAGCUUGCUUGAGUGUAUCCAAUCGACCUUUGGCUAAGAAAAUUCAAACCUUUAAAUUUAAGUUUACGCAGUUUGACAUCUUGGAAAAAGGUGGAGUGUUAGCUAGCAUUGAGGUAAGGGCCACAUUCAUUGAAGAUAUCAAGGCCAAACAAUUUGAGGAUGAGAAUUUGAAUGAGCUAAAAAAGAAAACAGUGUUUGGCAAGGCACAAGAUGUGACUUUAGAUAUCGGAUGUGAUCAAGAUGUAUCGAGAUUUGAACAAGUAAAGUACUAUCAUCAAAGGCCUGCAGGUUUGCUUCAGAGAAUGUCAAUUUCGGAAUGGAAGUGGGAAAAGAUAGCUAUAGAUUUUGAGGUUAAUCUCCCCAAGACUUUGGGAAAGUUUGAUUCUAUUUGGAUAAUGAUUGAUGGAUUGACUAAGUCCUCCCAUUUUAUUCCGGUCAAAAUAGAUUAUAAUGCUUUGCAGUUGGCUAAGGAUUAUGUGAAAGUGAUAGUGAGGUUGCACGAGAUACCUCUUUCUAUCAUCUCAGACCGGGGUACAUAG